AUGAGGAGGGAUGGUAAGGAAAUCCCAACCAAGCACAUUAUUCUUUCUUUUCAACUACAUGCGUUACCUUCUAAUAUAAAGGCUGGUUACCUCAGUUGCAAUGUCAGACCAUACUUUCCAAACCCAAGACGUUGUUUCAAGUGCCAGCAUUUUAGGCACAGUUCGCUUGUCUGCCGCGGACACUCCACCUGCCCAAAAUGCUCUGGCAAAGACCAUUCGCCAGAGACUUGCAGCAAUGAGUACCGUUGUGCCAACUGCCAGGGCAACCACCCGGUGUACCCUCGAUCGUGCCCACGCUGUAAAGAAGAAAAAGAAAUCAUAAAGAUCAAAACCGUACAAAACAUUCCUUACAGAGCUGCAAAGACACAAUACGAAUUUCAAAUGAAAGGAUCUUUCUCCGAAGUGGUGCGCAGGGGAGUGGCACCACCAAGGAAAUAUGUGGAAACUCAGACCUGCUCGCAGGUGACCGAGUUCCCACCCUACACUCCCCAACAGGAGGCUGGAGACACUCAGGUGCCUCCUGCUGUUACGGAGGCCAGCCGUUCAACUGGCCAGAAAAACACACCCACGGCCGUUCGUACGGCCGGCGGUAUACCGUCUGUUUGGGAUGGGACUUUAAAAGCCCCCUCCCAGAAAGGACCUCAAAACAUGGAGGUUGAUGAUGAUGACAGGAUGUCACAGAAAUCAUCAUCAAGCCUCCCUGAUAUGCCAGGGAAAGAAAGGAGAGAGAAGGGCAGGGGAAGGGGCGCGAAAGCAAAUGAACAGCAGAAACAACAACUGCGAAGAGUUCAAGCCCCUUAA